AUGGAAGAUUCUGUAAGCAAUAUAAAACCAGAGAGUGCACUUGUUGAACUGAUUGUAAGAGCUAAGCUUAUCAUAUGGGAUGAAGCCCCGAUGAUUCAUAAACAUUGCAUAGAAGCCGUGGAUAUGACUUUCAGAGAUAUUAUGCGUGUAUGUAAUGAGUUCAGUAUGGACAAACCUUUUAGCGGAAAAACAGUAUUUUUUUGUGGUGACUUCCUACAAAUCUUGCCAGUUGUUCCUAAGGGUAGUAGGCAAGAUAUUGUGAAUGUCGCCAUUAACUCUACAUAUCUUUGGAGGAAUUGCACAAUUCUGAGGUUGACCAAAAACAUGAGACUUUUGAGUGCUGCAUCUUCUGAUGAAGCUUCACGAUUGAAGGAAUUUUCUUCUUGGGUUGCUUCUAUUGGAGAUGGAGUUGUUGGUGGUCCAAAUGAUGGUGAAGUGACUAUUGAUCUUCCUUCUGACAUUGUUUUGUCUAAUUCUGUUGUUGAUGAGGUUAACCAAUUGAUGAUGUCGUUGGAUCAGUCUCAUGGUCGAGUUUAUUUGAGUUCUGAUAGUAUCUCAAACUCAGAUUUGACCUCAAAUGGCUUAGUUGAGAUACAUUCUGUUGAAUUUUUGAAUAAGUUGAAGUGUUCAGGUACACCUAAUCAUGAAUUGUUGUUGAAAGUUGGUACUCCUGUGAUGUUGUUAAGGAAUAUAGAUCACUCGAAUGGAUUGUGUAAUGGCACUAGACUGGUAAUUACGCGUUUGGGUGAUUAUAUUUUGGAGGGACAAGUAUUGGGUGGCCAUAAUAUUGGUCAUAAAGUUUUGAUUCCCCGAAAGUAUGAAUAG